AUGUUCCUAGAUGGGCGAUUCCGCCGUGACGGUUACGGACUGAGCUUGAUCGGGCACGCCAUGUAUCAACUUUGGUCACCAGAUUCACUCAGCCAGGAAGACAUCGACUCCCUCAAAGAUGCUUCUCGAGAUGUGGACAAUACGUACCGGGUCUUCAGUUUUGGGGACUCGAAGCGAAACCAAUCCUAG